CAUUUUGAACCAACCAACGGUUGCAAAAAUCAAGUUUUGAUUUUUCUUCUUGGUUUAUGCCUGCACGGUCCAAACAAGACGUGGGGCCCUUGCUUCCUCCAUUGAUAUAGUUAGCCAACAGCUCGUAGCUCGCAGAUUCUCUUUGCAUUCUUCCUUUCUUUCUCUUUGAAAACGAGGGGAACUUUCGUUGGGUUUGCGCCACAAGAAAGAAAACCCAUCCCCAGAAACCCAAAUUCCCCACCUUUUCCUUUCUCUUUUAUAAACAAAAAGCUAACGUCUUUGCAGAAGAAAAUAGUAGUAACAGAGGGGUGGAAAUGAAGAGUUGUGCGAGUUGUUACAGACCGGUGAUCGUGGGCAAGUCGAUUGACAAGAAAGACGUGAGCUUUGCAUCAACAAAUAGAGUGGCGUUCGGUGAUGGGGUUGUACCCCAAGGUUCAACGACGACUGCAAGGUCCAAAGGUUUAAGGGGUUUGUCUGUGAGUGCUUCUGCUGUUGAUUCUUAUGAGAGCUCUUCUGAUUUCGUUAAGCGUAUGGAAAAAGCUUGGGUCAUCUCUCAGCAACCAAGGCCAGUUGCUUGUUCUUCAUGCAACGCCAAGGGCCACGUUGAAUGCAAGUGGUGUGGGGGUACAGGCUUCUUUAUCCUUGGGGAUAAUAUGCUCUGCCAAGUUCCUUCUAGAAAUACCAGUUGUGUAAUUUGUGCUGGGAAGGGAUCAAAGUGCUGCUCUGACUGCAAAGGAACUGGAUUUCGUGCCAAGUGGUUGGGUGAACCUCCAAUUUCCAAAUAGUGGAUAGUUUCUCAGUUGUUGCCUGUUGCCAAGUUAAAAUGUUGAACACUGCAAAACCACCAUAAAAUUUAUUUGCUAUGUCCAGUAUGAAUACAGCAUAGCUUCUUUGACUCCAAAAUAUAAAUCACACCAUGUAUUUUUUUUGUUCAUGUACUUGUACAACCUUGUCUCCUUACAAAAGAGAGAAAGAAACAACAGUUGUUACUUAUUGAUUGAAAUUGUCAGAAUGUAGAAUAAUUCAUUGUUUAUCUAGAAGAAAGUCUUACUUUUUUAUA